UUCCCUCCCCCUUCUUUAUUUCCAGGAUCCAACCAGCCUUGACGCGCUACCACGUGAUCCGGCCGGCGAGACCACCUGACCGCGCCGCGGGGGUGUGAGCAGCAUUUCCAGCGUCGCGCGCGUGCGCCUUCAGGCCCACUUCCCCCCUAUGCCUUCUGCUUGGCGGGGAUUAAAAAAAAAAAAAAAAAAGCCCGCUACGGUCACGUGGGCCUGGUUCGCCCGGCAACAGGAGGGAAGCGCGAGCCUGCCUAGGGGCGGUCACGUGGGGCGGCGCCAACUUCGCUGCGGCUGCCGCUUGCAUCGAGUUCCUUCGCGCAGGCGCGCCUCCUCCCUUUCGUCUCUUCCCCCCCUCCGCCCGCGGGAGGUAGGGCGCGAGCGGAGGGCGCGCGGGCCAAGAUGGCGGCGGCGAGUUAGAAAGCGGCGGACGGCGCGACGGCUGCUGAGGCGACGGCCGCGGGGAGGAAGCAGCGGCGGCGGCUGCGGCGAGGGCGGAGGAAGAAGAAGAGGAGGAGGGGAACGGCGACGAGGAAGGUUCUCGACGGCGUCCUCCCGACACGGCCAGAAAAUGGUGGAACCAGGACAAGAUCUUUUGCUUACAGCUUUAAGUGAAAGUGGAAUUAGCCCAAAUGACUUGUUUGAUAUCGAUUCUCCAGAUAUGGGCCUCGCAACUCCACCUCCAGCUAUUCAGCAGCAACCACCCUCCACCACAACCUUUGUCCUGAAUCAAAUCAACCAGCUCCCAACCCUGGGGACGACCAUCGUCAUGACAAAGACAACCCCUGUGACCAGUACCAGGCAGACCAUCACCGUGGCAAAGAUUAUACAAACCAGCACCACCACCCGGCCCUCGGUGACAGUGCCGGUGGCACGGAACACCCUCACCACCCCCGUGCCCAAGGACCAGAUCCAGCUGAAAGAUCUCCUCAAAAACAACAGUCUUAAUGAACUGAUGAAACUGAAGCCCCCGUCCAACAUCGCUCCGCCUGUGGCAACUGCGGCAACCGAUCUGAGUAAUGGUACUGUUAAAAAGGAGACUUCAACUAAAGAAGUCACAAGAAUAUGGGUAAAUGAUCUGAAAAUGAGGAGCUUCUCUCCCACCAUGAAAGUGCCCGUCACGAAAGAGGAAGAAGAACCCGAGGAAGAGGAUGAAGAAGAAAUGGGCCACGCAGAGACAUACGCCGAAUAUAUGCCCAUAAAAUUAAAAAUCGGCUUGCGCCAUCCUGACCCGGUAGUAGAAACCAGCUCCCUUUCCAGCGUGACCCCUCCUGAAGUAUGGUACAAAUCUUCGAUUCCGGAGGAGAGCAUUGACAGCGGUUGGCUGUCAGCCUUGCAGCUUGAAGCAAUUACUUACGCAGCACAGCAACAUGAGACAUUCCUACCAAACGGAGACCGAGCUGGCUUUUUAAUAGGUGAUGGUGCCGGUGUAGGAAAAGGAAGAACCAUCGCUGGCAUCAUUUAUGAAAACUAUCUCUUGGGUAGAAAAAGGGCAGUAUGGUUUAGUGUUUCAAACGAUCUGAAAUAUGAUGCCGAAAGGGACUUGAGAGAUAUUGGUGCCAAAAACAUUUUGGUCCAUUCAUUAAACAAGUUCAAAUAUGGAAAAAUUUCCUCCAAGCAUAAUGGAAGUGUGAAAAAGGGGGUCAUCUUUGCCACUUAUUCUUCACUUAUUGGGGAAAGUCAGUCUGGAGGAAAAUAUAAAACCAGGCUGAAGCAGCUGCUUCAUUGGUGCGGAAACGACUUUGAUGGCGUGAUAGUGUUUGACGAAUGCCACAAGGCAAAAAACCUUUGCCCAGUUGGCUCUUCAAAACCAACUAAGACCGGCUUGGCUGUUCUGGAGCUGCAGAACAAGCUUCCAAAGGCCAGAGUUAUUUAUGCUAGUGCCACAGGUGCAUCAGAGCCCCGGAACAUGGCGUAUAUGAACCGCCUUGGGAUUUGGGGCGAAGGGACCCCGUUUAGGGAAUUCAGCGAUUUUAUCCAAGCAGUUGAAAGAAGAGGUGUGGGUGCCAUGGAAAUAGUUGCUAUGGAUAUGAAGCUAAGAGGAAUGUACAUAGCCCGGCAGCUGAGCUUCUCAGGGGUCACCUUCAAAAUAGAUGAAGUUCAUCUUUCUCAGCACUACAUCAAAAUGUAUAAUAAAUCUGUGAAAAUGUGGGUAAGUGCCAGGGAGAAAUUCCAACAGGCCGCUGACCUCAUUGACGCCGAACAGCGCAUGAAGAAGUCCAUGUGGGGCCAGUUCUGGUCUGCUCACCAGAGAUUUUUUAAAUACCUCUGCAUUGCAUCCAAAGUCAAAAGAGUGGUGCAGCUGGCCCGGGAAGAGAUCAAGAACGGCAAGUGCGUGGUCAUUGGGCUGCAGUCCACCGGAGAAGCCAGAACCUUAGAAGCUUUGGAAGAAGGUGGCGGGGAACUGAAUGACUUUGUCUCCACAGCGAAGGGGGUGUUUCAGUCCCUCAUUGAGAAACAUUUCCCAGCUCCUGACCGGAAGAAGCUUUUUAGCUUGCUGGGAAUUGACCUGUCUGUCCAGAGUAACAACAGCUCUCCUCGAGACAGUCCUUGCAAGGAGGAUAAAGUAAAAAAGCGCAAAGGGGAAGAAAUAACGAGAGAGAUCAAGAAAGCCCGUAAGACCGGGGGUCUCGCCGGGAGCAGCUCUGACGAAAGCUUCAGCGAGUCGGAGAACGAGGAGAGCGACAAUGAGAGUUCCCGGUUUUUAAGUUCUGGAGAUGACGACGACUUCAACCCCUUUAGAGAUGAAUCUAGUGAAGAUGAUGAGGAUGACCCUUGGCUAAUCCGGAAAGAACACAAGAAAAAUAAAGAGAAGAAAAAGAAGAAAAGCAUAGACCCCGAUUCUAUUCAGAGUGCCUUAUUAGCAUCUGGUCUCGGAUCCAAAAGGCCAAGUUCGCUCUCCUCCACAGCCGUGACCUCUUCUACAAAUAUCUCCGCACCAAACACCAACACCAACACCAGCUACGUGACGAGUCAGGAUGCCGUGGAAAGGGCCCAGCAGAUGAAAAGAGAAUUGCUGGAUAAACUGGAGAAGCUCUCCGAGGAUCUUCCUCCUAACACACUGGACGAGCUCAUAGAUGAACUGGGAGGUCCUGAGAACGUGGCCGAGAUGACAGGUCGCAAAGGAAGAGUCGUGAGCAACGACGACGGCAGCAUUUCGUACGAGUCCAGGUCCGAACUUGAUGUUCCUGUGGAAAUCCUGAAUAUUACUGAGAAGCAAAGAUUCAUGGAUGGAGAUAAGAAUAUCGCCAUCAUCUCUGAAGCCGCCAGCUCAGGCAUAUCUUUGCAAGCAGAUCGAAGGGCCAAAAAUCAGAGAAGGAGGGUACAUAUGACGCUGGAGUUGCCAUGGAGUGCCGAUCGGGCAAUUCAGCAGUUUGGACGAACUCACCGGUCCAAUCAAGUGACUGCCCCAGAGUACGUUUUCCUAAUUUCUGAAUUGGCAGGAGAACAGAGAUUCGCCUCAAUUGUUGCCAAACGGCUGGAGAGCUUGGGAGCUCUCACUCAUGGAGAUAGAAGAGCAACAGAAACUAGAGAUUUGAGCAGAUUCAACUUUGACAAUAAGUACGGCCGAAAUGCCUUGGAAAUAGUCAUGAAGUCCAUUGUGAAUUUGGAUUCCCCGUUAGUCUCUCCGCCAGCAGAUUAUCCAGGAGAGUUUUUUAAAGAUGUUAGACAAGGUUUGAUAGGUGUCGGCCUAAUUAAUGUUGAAGACCGCUCUGGAAUUCUCACUCUUGACAAAGAUUAUAACAAUAUUGGGAAAUUCCUGAACCGGAUUCUGGGCAUGGAAGUCCACCAACAGAACGCUCUCUUCCAGUAUUUCUCAGACACGCUAAACGGCGUCAUCCAGAAUGCGAAGAAGAACGGGAGAUACGACAUGGGCAUAUUAGAUCUGGGAUCGGGAGAUGAAAAAGUGAGGAAAGCAGAUGCUAAAAAAUUCCUAACCCCAGGCUAUUCCACCUCCGGACACGUCGAACUGUACACUAUAAGCGUGGAGAGAGGGAUGUCCUGGGAGGAAGCAACGAAGAUCUGGAGUGAGCAGCGCGGACCAGACGACGGGUUUUAUUUAUCGCUUCAGAUACGAAAUAGUAAGAAAACUGCCAUCCUCAUGAAAGAGGUGAACCCCAAAAAGAAGCUUUUCCUGGUCCAUAGGCCAAAUACCGGAAAACAGUUGAAACUGGAAACCUAUGCAGAAAUAAAGAAAAAAUAUAAAAAGGUAUCCUCUGACGACGCUGUGACUCACUGGGUCGAACAAUACACCUCAUCGGCAGACACAUGCACACAUGCUUACUGGAGAGGCAACUGCAAAAAGGCAGGUCUUGGUCUCGUCUGCGAGGUUGGCUUGCGCUGCCGGACCUAUUACGUCCUCUGCGGUUCUGUCCUGAGCGUUUGGACAAAAGUGGAAGGGGUCCUGGCCUCGGUGAGCGGCACAAAUGUCAAAAUGCAGAUUGUUCGGUUGCGGACGGAGGAUGGCCAGAGAAUUGUAGGCUUGAUCAUUCCAGCAAACUGUGUGUCUCCCCUUGUCAACCUCCUGUCGACGUCCGAUCAGUCGCAACAGCUGGCUGUGCAGCAGCAACAAAUAUGGCAACAGCACCAUCCGCAGAGCAUCGCCAAUUUCAACAGCGCAUGAGACAGAUCCAUGUGGUAUUUUGGCUCGACCACCCCUUAAGCGUCGGCGCUUUCAGUUUUUAUUUCUUUUGGGGUUCCCCCCUCCUUCCCCCCCCCUCUUUUUUUUCUUUGAAUUAUCAGGGACAGAUUCCAAAGAGUUAGCUUUCAGUUCCAUCAUGCUGUCUUAAAACUCAGCGGAAGAGGCACGGAAGAGUGGUCAAACUGAAAGCCCAGCCUUGCUUUACGGCGGUCAUAUCAUCAUCAUCUUUUUUUUUUUUUUUAUUUCUCCGGGGCUUUUGUACCCCUGCUUAGUACACAUCUACACAUCCAUCUACUUAAGUGACAAGUGCACCCAGUCCAAUUUGGAAGAAGCUUGAAGACGUCCCUAUUCCUGCUGUCCCUUCAUUUGCUUCUUUGGCGCUCAGGGUUGAAUGCAGGAACAUGGGGGCCAUGCUGCGGGAGAUGUCCUACUUGGAAACUGUAUAUAUAUGUAUGUGUAGAUAUAUAUAUAUAUAUAUAAAUAUUGGCCACAACAGAGGUCCCAAAUUAUAUUAAAAAAAGUAUGUUUUAUUUAAAGAAGCAGCAUGAAAACCUCGAUGUUCGUAACCUGCGUUUAAGGCGGCAUCAACUUUGGGCGACGCAUGUUUCAAUGCACGGAAAGCCAGCGGCGGGCGAAAGAAAGGGACUGCCUCAAUGUAGCUGCAAGGAUUGGAUUUUGAUUUUUUUUCCCUCUUCAAAUGGUGUCUGCCCCCGUGAUUGUAUUUUUUCUGGAGUUCUUCCACAGGUUAUAUAUUUCAAUCUUCCCUGGGACUUAAUCCCCCCCCCCUUUUCCUUUUUUUCUUUUUGGGCUUUGCGUAUCUGUGUGCGUGUACAAUGAAACCAUCAAUUUUUUUAAGAAAGAAAUUCCUUUUUUUUAAAAAAAAAAGAUUUAUGGUGUUCUUAAUGCUUUGAAAAGGGCCUUCCCAACCCCUCUUCUCUCUCCAAAAUUUCUUUUAUUUUUCAGGAAACUAAAACACAAAUUUUAUUUCCAAUUCCCACUGCAGCCCCCUUUUUAAAUUUUUUUUGUUGGUUUUUGUUGUUAAAUACUUGAGCUGUAGACUAGAUGCGGGGGAGGGGGCAGCUUAUCAUGAGGGUUCUGGCUUCUGUGCUGGGUGGUGUUUUUUUUUUCCCUGUUUUUAAUUUUUUGUUGCCCCAUAACUUAAAUGCUCCCUGUUUUACGUCUGUAAGACAUUGUAGAGUUUAUUCUGGAACUGUUUAAAAACUGUAUAUGUACAAAAUGUGAAUAGUCACUUAUCUAAGAAUAUGGGUAAGUUUUUUUUUGUUUUGCCUAUAAUAGUAGAUGUUUAUAAGUGAAGGACAAUGUUUGUCAUAUUUCUUGCUUGCACAGGUUGCACUAUGAAACAUUUGAGAUUGUAUAAACCUGUCCAUCCCCACCCUGCAAGGUAUGCCGAGAUCUUGCAGGUAUCAAAUUAAAAGAAAAGAGAAAAAAAAAAAAGAAAGAAAGAAAAACUACUGUUCUAACCAGCUUCGGAGUCCUGUGUUUUGGUUGAUGGUGACCCUGUGGGAUCCUCGUAUUGUAAGAAUCGCCGAGUGGUUUUUGCCAGGCGAGGCUUCGGCGGGCCUGGAGCCCUUCACCCAGAAGGAGGGUCCCCGUUGAGACUCUGCUUGAUCUGCCUUCUCUCCUCCCCCUCCCAAUUCUGUCUUGGAGAUGCCACGGCUGUUUCUGUCUGCUCUGCUUGCCUGUUGCCAGUCACGAGCGGCGCUUAGAAUCCGUUCCUCGUAUCCAAAGGGAAAAAGGGUUGGGGUAUUCUCAGCUUGGGUGACGAGAAUUACAUCCGUACAUUUGGGGAACGUCAACCUUGUUCGGCUGCGAGGGAAUUUAUUUGCUCCGUUUUGAAUGCAGAAAGCCUUAGCUUCUUUCCCUUUUAUUUAUAUACAGCCCUUCCACAGAUUCCCAGGCCGGCUUACGAAAAGCUUAACGUUCACAAUAAAAAGAAAAGAAAUUACAUGGUC